UGCCUGCACCCCGUUUCACCUGUUCCACAUGGUCCUGCAGUACUUUCUUGGUCCCUCUUUUGUCUACCCUUUCAGGCCUUAUUUAGAACGUGGGCUCUGUGGAAUAAAAAUCUAUUCGCCAAAACCUGUCAUUCUGGUCACAUAAAUAAAUAAUGCACAUGCGAAGAUCAAUGGUAAAGCAGGGUCAGAGAGAGGAAGAAGAAGAGGAAGAAGGGAGCGAUGGCAGGGCAAGACUUCUCAGUUGAUCCAAGAAGCGGUUUCUGCAGAUCGAACCGAGUCUUCUACAGCAAGAGAAAACCGAUUCCCCACCCUUCCGAUGGCUUCUUAGACGUCUUCACCUACAUCUCCUCCCACCACCACCGCGGCCGCAUCGCCCUCAUCGACGCAGCCACCGCCCAAGCUCUCACCUACCCUGACCUCUGGGGCGCUGUGAAUUCAGUUGCGGCCGGCCUCUCGGAUCUCGGCAUCAAGCAAGGCGAUGUGGUCCUCCUCCUCUCUCCGAAUUCCAUUUACUUCCCCAUCAUAUGCUUGGCGAUCAUGUCAAUUGGGGCGAUUAUCACCACCACCAACCCCCUCAACACCCCUCGCGAGAUCCACAAGCAAGCCGCCGACUCCAAAGCCAAGCUCGCCGUCACCACACCAGCUCUCGUCGCGAAGCUUGGCCUCACCAAACUCCCUGUUGUGCUCAUCGGGAGCGACACUAAGGCUCAAUCUUGUGUGUGUUCGCUGGAUGAUUUGAUGCGCAGCGAUCCGGAGAAGCGGCCUGUUGUGAGGAUAAGGCAGGAGGACACGGCAACGCUGCUCUUCUCGUCGGGAACGACGGGCGCGAGCAAGGGAGUGGCCACGACCCACCGCAACAUCAUUGCCAUGAUUUCAGUUGUCCAGAGGAGGUUUAGCUCAGGCGAUCUGCUCACCUUCUUGUGCACGGUGCCUAUGUUUCAUAUCUAUGGCCUUUGCGCUUUUGCAACGGGGUUGCUGUCCACUGGCUCGACCAUUGUUGUGCUCUCGAAGUUCGAGAUCGGGGAGAUGUUGAGGGCGGUCCAGAGAUACAGAGUGACUCACUUGCCGGUGGUGCCACCUAUACUGAUGGCCUUGGGUGCCACCGAGAUGGCGAAGGGGUUCGACCUGGGGUCCGUAAAGACAGUGGUGUGUGGAGGUGCACCGCUGAGCAAAGAGGCAACAGAGGCUUUCACGGCGAGGUUUCCGAAGGUGGCAAUUAUGCAGGGCUAUGGACUGACAGAGACCUCAGGGAUCGGGGCAUCGGCUGAUACGCCUGAGGAGAGCAGACGAUAUGGCACGGCUGGGUUGCUUUCGCCGAACAUGGAGGCCAAAGUUGUGGACCCAGACACAGGCGAGGCCCUUCUGCCGAACCAGAGAGGGGACCUAUGGCUCAGAGGCCCUUCAAUCAUGAAAGGCUAUUUCAGUAAUGCAGAGGCGACUGCUGGGGCCUUGGAUGCAGAGGGAUGGCUGAAAACAGGGGAUUUGUGCUACUUUGAUGAGGAUGGGUUUCUUUUUGUGGUGGAUAGGUUGAAGGAGCUCAUCAAAUACAAAGGUUAUCAGGUCGCACCUGCAGAGCUUGAAGCUCUGCUACUUACCCAUCCUAAUAUAGAAGAUGCUGCAGUCGUGCCGUUUCCUGACAAGGAAGCAGGGCAAAUUCCAAUGGCAUUUGUGGUUAGAAAAGCUGGGAGCUCCUUAUCAGAAGCGACCCUCAUGGAGUUCGUGGCAGCACAGGUGGCUCCUUACAAGAAGAUCCGGAGAGUGGCUUUCGUGAGCGCGAUUCCGAAAAACGCAUCGGGCAAGACGCUCAGGAAAGAUCUCAUAAGCCUCGCCACCGCCACCGCGGCCGCCGCCGCCUCCAAGCUGUGAGAUUUUUUGGAGCAAUUUUUAUAGUUUCACCAAAGAAGGGGUCAACUCCUUGCUCAAACUUUACCCCAAUGUUCCCAUCCCAAAAAGUUCUUAUAUUGUCUACCCAAACAAAAGAAAAGACAUCGUAGUCCUAUCUUUGAUGAGUUAAAUCUAACUAAAAUGAUCUAGAAUGUUAACUAAGAUGAUGUCGAAUGUUGUAAUUUUAUUUCUACAUGUAUAGUAUACAAUUUGUACCUUAUGUGAAAACAAUGUGGGUUUCAAUCAAGAGCUUGUACUCACUAUUUGAGUAUGAUCCCCAUUUCUUAUUAA